AUGGCUCAAACCAGCACCGCCGUCUACUUCCUGCUGGCCCUCCUCUCUUCCUCCGCCGUCUCAGCCCUUAAACUCAACCCCUUCUGCGCCAACUCUGACGACCAAACCCUAUGCUCCCAGCUAGCCGGCGGGGCCAAGACGUGGGCAGAGGCCAUGACCCACACGCUCGAGUCUGUCCGGGACAAGGUCAAGGCGGGCAAGUGCAUUGCUUACGGGGUCGAGUCCAAGCUCCCGCAAGACUUCCGCCCACAAACGAAGGAGUCGAUUGCCGCCACAUGCCGGGAGGCGUACGACAACGUGGUGGACAACAUCGAGCAGUGCAUUGGGUUCGUGAAGAGCGACCCGUACUCCUCCCUCGACACCUACUUGUCUGCCACGACCUUCACCGAUUGCACUGACGGCCUAAACGAGUUUAAGGUCACCCUGCCGGAGGUGGCCGAUUACGACAAGGAGGUGCUCAAGCUUAGCGGGAUUUUGUUGGCGGUGGCUCAGAAAAAGCAACACUGA